UUUUUAUUGGUAACUGGUUGGGUUGCGGAGUCUGGACCGACUCUUGGAAGACAUCGCGGGCAGCGGCUGCAUGGCUUCUCCGUCCCUAUCAGCGGAGCUCUCUCCUCGCAGGCUUCUCUCCGUCCCGCGAAACCUCCUAUUCCGGCUAGCGGAGCAGAUACGAGAAACCCUAGCCAGAACCCUGUACACGCCACCCGCGGGCUCACCCGUCUCCGUCAAAUCACUUCUAGAAUCUCUUCUUCCGCAGAAUACGGCGCCAAAGUCGGUCGACAGAGAAAUCAAGAACUUCUGCCUUUGCUGCGCCGCACUAGCAUCGGCGGAGGGAGUCGAAUCUCCUUCUGUUUAUUGGAUUCCGAAGGAUUUGUCGUCAUUGGCGAAAUCAGCGUUGCGUGAGAUUUCUGCUGCUGGAUCUUUUGCAGCGGAACACGAGAUGGUUGCUGAACUGAUGGCUGAAGUGCUUCCGGAACUCAAGGCGGUCGUGAAGGAGACUUGCGUUGAUCCCGAUGAGGAAGUGUUUGUGGCGGGGUCGGUGAGGGCUCCGGUCGUGAAUUCCAUCGUGGCGGCGCAUCAGUUUAGGUGGCUCGUGACCCAGGUUAUUUAUCCCCAUUUGGGAAAUUUGUGCGCAUUGGUCAUGCCAUGUGCUCUGACAACAUUGGAUCACUGGUCACCUGAGGUGAAGGAGCAGGGGAUGCUUGCAUUAAUCCAUCUAGGAAAGAAUGUAAAUGCUACUGAGCUAGGAUGGUAUGAAGAAGCAUUUUUGGAUGUAUGUUGUCGAAAUAUUGCUACCAGCGAUGACCUGUGGUCCCGUAUAAUUGAGGUUUCCACACUUUUAUUAACUUGCACACAACGAAAAAAUCCACGUAGCUCUUGGUUUGAACGGAUGCUAAAUGAGAUGCUAGGGCAUUUGGAACGCCACCCUUUUAGUAGAGAACAUCGUAUUGCAUGGCUUCAACUUAUUGAACCGGUUUUGAGUGCAAUGGGGCUUGUAUUGUUAAUGCACUUCCAUCGAAUUUUUCCUCUCUUCUUUCAGUGGCUGCAUACUGAUGAUGAUGAAACUAUUCUUCUGGUUGUUUUGCAGGUCCUGGAGCGAAUUCAUUCAAUCAUAAAACUGACGUGGGUCAGGAAAUCGCCUUACAUGGCAAGGUUGUUAGAUGAGCUCAUUCAUUUGUACAAGGAAGUAGAGACCAGAGAGAGCCGUGAAUCUAUACGGAAUUUCAUUUUAGAUUCUCUAAUUUUACUUCAGAAAUGCAAGGGAAUGCAGUUUGAAACGUCAUGGAUCAAAUAUAAAGAUGAUCCAGGCUUGGAGAAAUUGGUUUAUUCUCUAAGAGAAGCUCUUAAAGCCCAAGCUGUCCAACACUUGCUAUAGAAAUCUGAGCUUUGGGCCUAAAAUGUGCUGGUGUUCCAAAGCUCAGUUGGCUAUAAACCUUUAGCAUCUUGGAAACUAUGCAGUUGGAAAUCUUCAGGAAAGAAGCUCGGAUCGGAUCUAGUUAAUGGUGGCAAGGAAUCUGUCUGGUUGCAACUUCUCAUCUGCUCAGAUUUAAGCACUGUAGGACGUGCAGUAAUGGAGAAUUUUCCUCGAGACAUCCUCCCUAAAAUAAAGCUCAAGAUAUUCAUACCAUACAUAAAGGGAUGAAAAACACCAAACAAUGCAUGAAUCUAGCACUGUGAGUAUCCUGAGCUUUCUUUUUUAUGUAAAUGCUGCUAUUUUUUUUUCUUUUAUGCAAAUUACAGAACCACCCAUGAGAUUUAUAAACUUUGAGUUUAAUACUUUCAAAGCUGAUGACUAUUGCGUACUUUUUUUUUUUUUGGUUUUUUGUUUUUUGAAAGUUUAGUGGGUUUUAUCAAAAAAUUUGUGAUAACUACUUUUAGAAGUUCUAUCAAUUAUUUUAAUUAGCAACUAUACUAUUGCCAACUUUUUGAGAACAUGCAUGCAAAAGUAGUUUAUAUUUAUUGCAAACAGCAUGGAAGUGUUCACUUUCUGUAUACUCAAAGCUAAAAAGUCCUGAAGUCGCAUUGAGUUCAGUAAUAAUAAAGUUUUUUGUCAGCAAGAAGCAUGUGACAAGCUGCUUAGGCUCUGAGGUCUAUAUUAGCAUUGAAACUUAGGUACCUUGAUAGAAACAAAUAUCAUAUCUCCUCGGGUAUCAUAAAGUGAUGAGAUUUCUUUGUCGUACUAUUUGAUG